GUAAAAGUAUGACGUCAUUGAUGCGCGCCUUGUGUUUACAGACAGCCGUCAAAAUAUUCAAUUUCCACAAAUGUCAGCUGUUUUUAGCCUUAAACAUGGGAGUAAUAUGUUAGAUUAUAACAUGAGUGCAUGUGUGGGGCACGCACAGAGUAAAUGAUACGAAUCUUUUAGUAAAAAUCUGCAUUUUUGGACACAGAUUUAGUGUAUUAGUGUUUGAAUGUAAGCUGUGAACCAAAACAAAAGUUGUCAGAGGUCAAAGUCUUCUGUAAAGACUGCUCGUUACAGUGUGGUGUUAACAUGGCACCUGUAGGAAGUGUCUUAAUGUGAGAAGUCAACCAUGGGUGAAGCAGAAGAUCUGGAGACACUUGGUGAGAAACUGUACUCUCUGAUUUACCCCAAACACAGAGAGCAUGCUGGGAAACUCACAGGUAUGCUGCUGGAGCUGCCAGGUCCUGUCCUGAGUCAGAUGCUGCAGGACAAGGCCACGCUGACUGCAGCCGUGGAGAAAGCCCUGCGAGCCCUGCAGCUGGCACAGGAGCCCAGGUAUCCAGUCCAUCAUCCUGAACAGGCUGGUCUUAGACUCAAGGUAUCAAGUAAGGACGAGGAUGACGUGUCUGUGUCCUCUGACUCUCUGGGGGAGCAGCUGUUUGAACUGGUGGAUGUUUACAACACCGGCCACUCACAGAAAAUCACAGGAAUGCUUCUGGAGCAGCAUAAAAAAGCAGUUUUAAACCUUCUGUCAGAUCCCAAACUGCUGGAAGAGCAGGUGAACUUCGCCCUGAAGACACUUAAGGAGCAGAACAUGGAGGAGACGGACAUUAGUGACACGUCGGACGCUGACGACACAGAGAGGCUGGGAGAGAAGAUCUUCUCACUGGUGGAAGAGCUGGAUCCACUUCAUGCAAACGACAUCACAGGUAUGCUGCUGGAGAUGGAGGCAGCUGCUCUCCAACAGCUGCUCAGUGACCACACCAUGCUGGAGGUCGCUGUUCAGAAAGCACAAGCAGCACUGGACUCUCAGAAUCGAACUCUCUCUACCUAAUCAGAAGAGGACAUUUUUACACACACAGAAUGACAUUAUAAAUGAACUCAGAUAAUAUAAUGCUGGGAAGAGCUGGCACUUCUCUCCAGGAGAUCAUGGUAAAACAGGUUACCAGUAUACGCAGCUAUUUUUGUUUUAUACUGAUUGUCGGGUGGACUGUGGAGAGUCUCUGUUUGACUGGACUUACUGUAAAUAAUUGAAGAGUCUAUUAAGCCCAGACUGAUAUUGCCCCUUUCUACUACGGGUGCUCACUUUGCUAGCACGUGAUUGUCUUUCUCAGAUUUAUGGACAGAGCACAAGUGUCUAAUGAAAAACAUUUAUCCAUCAAUAUUGCUGAACUUCCACAACAAGACAUCCGAAUCAUUGUUGCUUGAUGAAAAUGUUUACAGUUAAGAGAGGAUCUAAGUGUUGCCAACAGUCAUGCUAUGACAAUUUAAUUUUGUUUUUGUACUGUACAUAAUGAUGUAAGUGGAAGUUUGUAAAAAUGUCUUUGCUAACAGAAAAUACAGCAGAUUAUAUAUAAGCAAAAUACUAACUUCAAAAAUCUCAACAGGGUCACAUACAUUUGCAUGCAUAUUAGGUAGAAAUGAAAUGCAAACCUAUAAAUCCCCUCCAUCAGCAUCCUCCAGGUCACAACAUCAUCGAUUACAUGAUAUCUGAAUUUGCAAUACACUGAGGGGAAAAUGUUUGUGCUUGGAUUUCCUCACUGGCACCAUAGAUUUUUCUUGAUUUGGCUCUCCCACACACAACUGUAAUUUAAUAUUUUGUUAUAUAUCUGUCAGCUUUGAUGUUAUUUAUUUAUGAUCAUAUUGGAGCUAUUUCCCAACAUAUCUGUAUUACUAGUUGUGUUCAGCUCCACACAUACGCUGGCAGGUAGAUGUUCCUCCUCAGGUAUACAUGCUUGCCAUUCGAGAUUUAACACAUUUCUAAUAUUUAAUUUAAUGUCACUUUAUUUUAAAACACAAAUAAUAAUGUAAUGAAUAAAACCAAUAGACAUGUCUUUUCAAAGUGCUACAGAGCGCAAAAAAUAACUUUAUUACUUUUUCACCUUUUGUAUUUACGUUUUUUUAUGUAAAGAAUUUUACAUGAAGAAUCCUAAAACAUUGGGGGGGGAAAACAAUUCUUUCACUGAAACAAAAGGGGACCUUUUAAAAUCAUAACCGGAUGUCUAAAAAAAAAAAAAUCAUUGAAACAUUUGGGAUGACAAAAUUCAAAAUCAAAUCAGUAAAUUAAAA